AUAAAACAGCAUUCUCAAACAUAGUGUAAAAGAAAACAGUCUUUGCGACGCUAAAGAUGAGUUCAACAAGUAGAACAUGGGUGGUAGCAGCCAGUAUUGCAGCCGUGGAGGCCUUAAAAGAUCAAGGGUUCUGCCGAUGGAACUAUACCAUGACAUCACUUCAUCAGCAUGCCAAAAACCAGGUCAGGUCGUUUUCUCAGGCCAACAAGUUGUCCUCUUCAUCAUCUGCAAUGGUUUCAAGCAAACUGAUAGAUGAGAAGAUGAAACAAAAAGAGGAAUCCUUGAGGAAAGUCAUGUACUUGAGCUGUUUGGGUCCCAAUUGAACAAAUUAAAUAACAAAUGGUGACCGAUAGAAGAACAGGUUUCCGAGUGCUUCUGAGAAAUUUGGCGCGUGAAAAGUUUUAUUCUUCAGAGAAAUUUACUCUCAAGGAAUUUUGGAGCCUAAUUGCUCGUCCUUACAGCAAGAAAUGAAAGAUAUUUGUAUAUGAUUGUUUCAAUAUCAUGAAAUUAAACUGUAUAGAUAGUUGUAAUUCUAUAUAUGAAAAGCUGUCUGAAAUGGAUUUUUUGGGAUGAUAAUAAAUUAAUUACUUCUGCUCUCAACAUUGUUUCUCACUUAAUUCUCUAAUUCUCUCUAUAUCAACUUUUCUUUUUUCCUUGACAAGCUGAGGAACUACUAUCAACUUCCUGCUUAAUUUAGUACAAGGACUGAUAAAAGAAUUUCUUUAAUUCUUUCUUCCGGGCUAAAUAUCAUUUUUGUCUUCAAUCUUAAAAAAAAAUUUAAUUUCUAAUUAACAAAACGUGAAUCGUUUUAGUUAUUUCAUAU